GGAGACUGUGGACAUGCCUUUUGUUAAGGCAUUGAUCCAGAACAUCAGCACGGAUGUCUCAGAAGACCUGCUGUACUCUCUGAUGCUUUCCCAGGUGAAGAGCUUCUUGUUGGCUCAGACCUCUGCUGGUGCCCAUCCCUCCUAAGUCCUAUGCAGCAUUGCAGUCAGUGGAUUAACUGCAUGAGCGGAAUGGUGGUGGGUUAGCAGCCAGGAUGCUGGGAGGUCCACGAACCAGUCCUCCUAUCACUGCCCUUGAUGUCCUCUGGGAGUCUCCUCUCUCCUAGAGUCCUCGGGUCCCCACCUGGAGAUGAAUCUCUGGAUUCUACCAACCCUAAAUUGUCCAUUAACCUCUCUGCCAGAACACACAUGUGAAGUCAGAGUAAGGGCACGCUUGGCCUCAGAGAGAUGGAGUGGGAGGAGUCUACAUAUAUGCUGGCCCAGAUUUAAAUCCCAUCUCUGCCCUUACCAGCCAUUGUCUUUGUGGGCGCAUCUACUUUUCUGAUCCUUGGUUUUCUCACGUGUAAACGAUGAGAGUAUUGCCCACUUUCAAGAGUGUCAGAAACCAAGAAGAAUGAGGCAUCCUUAUCCUCCCAACACCCAGGAGGCAGAGGCAGGAGGCUUGCUCCUGAGCUCCAGGCCAGCACAGCUUCUUUCUCAAAACAAACCAGAGAAAUAUAAACAACAACAAAAUAAAACAAGCCAUAAACAUAUUGGAAAGAACAUCUGAGUUAAAACCAAGACAUUCUUGGUCUAGCGAGGGCUCAACAAGUCCAGGGCAUCCCUGCAGAGAGGAAGUUGAGGGUAGAGGUCCAGGGAGCUGGCUGAGCCUCUUAUGAUGCAGUGCCCUCUAGGUAGGAGCCUCACUGGGCCAAGACAUCACCUAUGCAUCCUUUUUGACAAGAUCUAGACCUGGAAGGUGAAAACUGGGGCUUCAGCCCCAACCCCUGGUCCCCUGGUCCCAUGAGCAUGGAUCCAUCUGAAGCAGGGAGCUAGUGUAUGCAGGCUGAAGCUCUAGGGUGCCCAGGAGGUCAGACACUAGACAAAGAAUGCCUGGUGAUUUCUGCAGAGGUUUGUUCUAACGUUCUAACUAUGCUUGGUUUCUAAAUCGCUUCACUGUUGGGCAGGAGGGGCUUCCCAGCCAAGGUAAGCACGAGUCCCCCACACCACUCUCCUCUCACUUCUUUCUGGGACAUCCCUCAUUGUGCGCGCACGUGUGCACACGUGCGCACACACACACACACACACACACACACACACACACACACUUAAAAGCAGAGUGUGUCUGUACCAAUGUAGACAUGCUCUACUGAUUCCUGUGAUGGGAAAACUGGGGCUCCACUGUUAAUGCUUGUCCAAGGGACAAGAACAUAAGGAGCAGAGGCUGGACUGAGCCAGGUGCUCUGUGCCCCAGCCCUGAGCUAAAAAGUCCUCAGAUGCUGUCCCUCCACUUGGCCUGCUACAGUUUUCCUCCCAACUGGAGUGGUAGUGGCAUCUGUCUUGGGGCUGGCAUCCUAAGGGGGAGUUGGGAGCUGUUGGAUCCAUGCUUACAGAUCCCGAGGCAGGUGAUGCAGGGUGAGGACGAGCCUGCUGAUGGAGUCCGACUUCCCAAGAGCCUGUUUGGAGCCCUGCCUGGCAACAGGUCUGCAGUCCGGUUGGCCAUAACUGUUCUAGACAUUGGUGCAGGGAAUGUCUUUAAGGGCCCCAAGCUCCUUGAGGACAAGGGCAGCAGCGUGUUGAACAACCGCAUGGUGGGUUUGAGCGUGGGCCAGAUGCACGCCACCGGGCUGUCGGAACCUGUAGAGAUCACCUUCUCCCAUGAGCGUCAACCACCUGCAAUGAUCCUGAAGACAGGCAUGCACGCACAGACAGGCAGACCCUCUUGUGCCAUACAUGUUGUAUACCCUACAUGCACAGUGGUCCAGGGAGCAUCAACCGAUGGAGUCGAUCUCCCCAUAACGUGAUCCUCACCUGUGUAUUCUGGGAUAUGGCUAAAGGAGACUGGGAUUCCCACGGCUGCUCCACGGUGCCCGGGGAUGGGAGAACUGUCUGCCGUUGCGACCACUUGACCUUCUUCGCCUUGCUGCUGAGGCCGAUCUUGGACCUGGCCACGGCACAGACUCUCACUCGCAUCUCCCAGGCAGGCAGUGCCGUCUCCAUGAUCUUCCUGGCCUUCACCAUGGUGCUCUAUGUUGCCUUCAGGUUCUCUCUGCAGAGGUUCAAGUCUGAAGAUGCCCCUAAGAUCCACAUGGCUCUGAGCAUCAGCCUGUUUCUCCUGAAUCUUACCUUCCUGAUCAAUGUGGGGAGCAGCUCCCAAGGCCCCCCAGCCUCCUGCUGGGUCCGAGCUGCCAUUUUCCACUACUUUCUGCUCUGUGUCUUCACCUGGAUGGGUCUGGAGGCCUUCCACCUCUACCUGCUGGCCAUCAGAGUCUUCAAUACCUACUUUGGACACUAUUUCCUGAAGCUGAGCCUGCUGGCCUGGGGCCUGCCUGUUCUUGUAGUUAUUGGUGCUGGAAGUAGCAACAGUUAUGGAGUUUACACCAUUCGCGACCAGGAGAACCGCACAUCACUGGAGUUGUGCUGGUUCCAGAAAGAGCCUGCUCUUUAUGCUACUGUCCACGGCUACUUCCUUGUUACCUUCCUCUUCGGUGCUGUGGUACUGGCUUUGGUGGCCUGGAAGAUCUUCACUCUGCCCAGUGUCACAGCGGGCAAAGGACAGGGGCCGACCUGGAAGUCGGUCCUCACCGUGCUGGGCCUCUCCAGUCUGGUGGGCAUGACCUGGGGGCUGGCUGUUCUCACCCCCCUCGGCUUGUCUACCAUCUACGUCUUCACCCUCUUAAACUCUCUACAAGGGCUCUUCAUCUUCUGCUGGUUCAUCAUCCUCUACUUCCCUACUCAGAGCACCACAGCCUCCUCCUCCGGCACCGCCCGCCUGGACCAGGCCCACUCCGUGUCCCAGGAGUAGAUGAUGGGUGGCUGCAGUUUGCUCUCACUUCUGGCUGGUUUGUGUGACCUUGAACAGCUCCCUACUUCCUUCUGGGCUCCACUGUCUUCUCUGUACAGGAUGUCCAAGGACGGAGAGGGUGAGGACCAAGCCAGGCCCUGUGGCUUCAAAGUUCCCAUUCAGGAGGCUGGAGACUUGACUUGAAGAGGACACUGGUUCAGUUCCCAGCACCCACAUAACAUCUCUCAGCUGUCUGUGACUCUAGUUCCAAGAGAUCUGACGCUGUCCUCUGGUCUCCAAAGAGUACCAGGCAUGAAUGUGCUGGAUAUAUACAUGUGCCACUCAUACAUAUAAAAUAGAAAUUAAAAAAAAUAUUUUAACAGCUCCCAUUCGGAUGUGUUCAUGGGUCCAAAAAGCUACAAAUGCAGAUCUGCAGGACUCAAAAGUCCCUGUAAGCCUUGGAGCCCCAGCCAACAGUGUUAUCUUUACCCCUGUUGCUAUGGUGACAGAUCUCUAGAGCUAAGCAGCUGUGGACCACCUUUAAUUCACCAGGAGAGAACCAGAACCGGAGGCUUGCUCCAUCUAUAUAUGGCCAAGGGGGAAAAGGGAGAAAAAGCAGCUCUUCCCACGACGUCUGUACUCUUAUGGGACAGCCUUACCAACCAUUUCAACCCAGCCUGAGCAUCAGGCCUGGCUGUGUCAAGCCAAUAAUUGUCACACAUUUAAAUAAACAAAUAAUUGUUGACUGAGCAAA